ACAAAUGUCAAGAUGUGUUAUUUAGUGAGAAAAGUCAGAUGCAGCACUGUGCAGUGUGUAUAACAUACAAUGCUUGUGUAAAAGGGGAGAGGAUCUUAGCAUCGUGAGGCAUUUUGGAUUCAUAGCCUUCAAGAUUGACCUGGUCAGAGUUCAUCAUGUCAAAGUUAAAAAGCUCAGAGUCUGUCAGGGUGGUGGUUCGCUGUCGGCCUAUGAAUAGCAAGGAAAAGGCUGCUUCAUAUGACAAGGUAGUGGACGUGGACGUGAAGUUGGGGCAGGUGUCUGUGAAGAACCCCAAAGGAGUGGCCCAUGAAAUGCCCAAGACCUUCACCUUUGACGCCGUCUAUGACUGGAAUGCCAAGCAGUUUGAACUCUAUGACGAGACAUUCCGACCACUUGUGGACUCUGUCCUGCAGGGUUUCAAUGGGACGAUUUUUGCCUAUGGACAAACUGGGACGGGGAAAACUUACACAAUGGAAGGAGUCCGGGGUGACCGAAAAAGAGGGGUCAUCCCUAACUCAUUUGACCACAUUUUUACCCAUAUCUCUCGAUCCCAGAAUCAACAGUACUUGGUCAGGGCUUCUUACUUAGAGAUCUACCAGGAGGAGAUCCGAGAUCUGCUGUCAAAGGAUCAGACCAAAAGGCUUGAGCUCAAAGAGAGGCCUGACACUGGGGUGUAUGUGAAAGACCUGUCUUCUUUUGUCACUAAGAGCGUGAAGGAAAUAGAACACGUGAUGAAUGUGGGGAACCAGAACCGUUCUGUGGGUGCUACCAACAUGAAUGAGCAUAGUUCCCGUUCUCAUGCAAUUUUUGUUAUCACCAUCGAGUGUAGUGAGGUAGGCCUUGAUGGUGAAAAUCAUAUCCGUGUAGGGAAAUUGAACCUUGUAGAUCUUGCUGGCAGCGAACGGCAAGCCAAGACUGGUGCACAAGGGGAAAGGUUGAAGGAGGCGACCAAGAUCAACCUGUCCCUUUCGGCCUUGGGUAAUGUUAUCUCUGCCCUGGUAGAUGGCAAAAGCACUCACAUUCCAUAUCGGGACUCAAAGCUUACUAGGCUCCUCCAAGAUUCUCUUGGUGGCAAUGCUAAAACUGUGAUGGUAGCCAACGUGGGGCCUGCCUCUUACAAUGUAGAAGAGACUCUGACCACUCUGAGAUAUGCCAACCGUGCCAAAAACAUUAAGAACAAGCCAAGGGUUAAUGAGGACCCUAAGGAUGCCCUCCUGCGAGAAUUCCAAGAAGAGAUUGCUCGGCUCAAGGCCCAGCUGGAAAAAAGAUCCAUUGGCAGAAGGAAGAAGCGAGAGAAGCGGAGGGAAGGUGGUGGCAGUGGUGGGGCUGGGGAAGAGGAGGAGGAGGAGGGAGAAGAGGGUGAGGAGGAAGGGGAUGAUAAGGAUGAUUACUGGCGGGAACAGCAAGAAAAACUGGAGAUUGAGAAGCGGGCCAUUGUGGAAGAUCACAGCUUGGUUGCAGAGGAGAAGAUGAGGCUGCUGAAGGAGAAAGAGAAAAAGAUGGAGGACCUGCGGCGGGAGAAGGAUGCUGCCGAGAUGCUGGGCGCCAAGAUCAAGGCCAUGGAGAGUAAGCUGCUUGUUGGAGGAAAAAAUAUAGUAGAUCAUACAAAUGAACAGCAGAAAAUCCUGGAGCAGAAACGGCAGGAAAUUGCAGAGCAGAAACGUCGAGAAAGAGAAAUCCAGCAACAAAUGGAAAGUCGAGAUGAGGAGACCUUGGAACUUAAAGAGACCUACAGCUCGUUGCAGCAAGAAGUGGACAUCAAGACCAAAAAACUCAAAAAGCUCUUCUCCAAGCUUCAGGCAGUGAAGGCAGAGAUCCAUGACCUCCAAGAAGAGCACAUCAAGGAGCGGCAAGAGCUAGAGCAGACUCAGAAUGAACUCACCAGGGAACUGAAACUCAAGCAUCUUAUUAUAGAAAACUUUAUCCCUCUGGAAGAAAAAAGUAAAAUUAUGAAUAGAUCCUUCUUCGAUGAAGAGGAAGAUCAUUGGAAAUUACAUCCUCUAACCAGACUAGAGAAUCAACAGAUGAUGAAGCGGCCAGUCUCAGCUGUGGGAUAUAAGAGACCAUUGAGCCAACAUGCAAGAAUGUCUAUGAUGAUUCGUCCAGAGGCCCGAUAUAGGGCAGAAAACAUCGUGCUAUUAGAGCUGGAUAUGCCCAGCCGGACUACCAGAGACUAUGAAGGCCCCGCCAUUGCCCCCAAAGUCCAGGCUGCAUUGGAUGCAGCGCUGCAGGAUGAAGAUGAGAUACAGGUGGAUGCUUCAUCCUUUGAAAGCACUGCAAAUAAGAAAUCGAAGGCCAGACCUAAAAGUGGAAGGAAGUCAGGAUCCUCCUCCUCUUCCUCAGGAACCUCUACAUCUCAGCUUUAUCCACAGUCUCGAGGGCUGGUUCCAAAGUAAAGCCAGUUCCUCCUCUCCCAGGGUGUAAACAGCAUUUGCCUUCUGAGAGAAGAGACGAACAAAAACCUGCAGAGAGGGCUUGAGCCCAACUCAGAACCAUUCCCCUGGGGAGACAAGAUGGCCUCUUUGCAAAUUAACCAACUUAAUCUGGUUGAAAUGUGCUGGUCCUAAUCUGGCACACAGCUCCUCUGGGAAACGUCUUUUAAAUAGCAUCUCAGAAAUGCAUGGGUAAGGUAACGUGCGAUAUUCGAAGUGGAAAGCAAGAGAAUGACCAGUGACCUUGCUUCCCUUCUCCCCUGCCUUUUUCUCCACUCUCUUCCUUUGCCCUCCCUCCCUUUCCUUCUCCUUUUCUAGCCUGUUUUUGACACUGGCCUCCCUUCUUGUUAAACAGUUGGGCAGAAUCUGGAGUCACCUUAGGAGGACCAAGUCUUUGGAGCCUUAGGGUAAAAUGACAGUGAGGUUGAAAAGUGAAAGCUCUAGAACUUGAAUAGGUGCGUGCUCUUGUAGGUAGAAAUGAGAAGUCUCAUUUGGAUCCAAGCUCCUGGUGGGCACGAUCUUCUAUCUUGCAUCCUUGCACCUCAGUAAGAAGCAGAUCUGCCUUCGGGAUCUGCUGAAUGAGGAAAUCUUCUCUAAGGAAGCUAUCAGUUUCUGCUCCUGAAAGACACAAUGUCAGAAGCAAUAGAAAUAACAUCCCCUUUUCUUCCUUGGAGAGUUUAGGGAAAUAGCUUCUUUAAAACCUCAAAACCAUGACCAUCUUGUCAAAGACCUAAAUCUGUAAGCCAAUACCACGUCUACACACCAUGUCACUUACUCUUCAUUUGUCACCAGCUUUUUCCAUGUGUACUCUUAGCGUCCCUGCCUGGCCCAUCCUCUGCCUCAAGAGCAUGCUCUGCACUGAGUUUGUUUUGUGGGAGAAGGGAGGCAGGCUCUGCCUUCUCCAGUGGGACAAGAGCUGAGGGAAUAAGAUCUACAGAGGCACUUUUGAAUUUCCCAUUUUACUCCCUAUUUGCAUUGAGAACAUAAGGGUCUAGGCAGGUGCAGAGACAGAGUCAUGAGGCUCAGUGCAGUGGGAAGGAAGGACAACAGAUGGAAGCAAAGGAAUCCUGCCUGCCUUCAGCAGAAGACUCACUGAAUGCUAGAACCGUGGCUUCCCCUGGGCAGAGUCUAAGAUGGUGGGCAGAAUAGUGGCUGUGCAGUUGAAUAGGCUCAGAGGAGAGAGUUAGGAAUUCCCAUUUACAUAUACUAGUUUGGUUGUAAGUUUUAGUUCUUUGUGUUAUUGAAAGUCAAAGCUUCAUUUUAUGUUGGUCAUUAGGUGAAUGUUAUUCAUUUCCCCCCCAAGAGGAGCACAUAAAUGUGUGUGGGUGUGUAAGCACAGUGGUGCCUGUGUGCUUUGAGUGUGUCCUGUGUGUGUGUAAGAGAGAGAGAGACCAAGAACUUGCCCAGUUUUAGAAGUACACUAAUGUGCAGUUGUUGCCUUUGUCUGUAUUAAAAGCCCAUUGAAUGACUAACCCAGGUUGGAAGCACUCCCAUGUGGGUGUCUGAAUCCAUGAGCCAAGCCUGAGGGGACAAUGUGAGUCCCCAGGUCUGCCCCACUGGUGCACCUUGCUGGCACGGUGCCUCAGGAAGGUGGCGACUCAGGUGGGCCUUGAGUUAUAUUUUAACUCAGCUGCUCAGUUCCCAGGGCACAUUUCUGGAUCAGAACCCAUGGGAAAGAGGAGGUACCAAGUGCAAUGUCUUAGCAUACUAUUCUUGGAGAUCUGUCAUCUGGCAGCUUCUCUCCUUUGUAGUAACCAUUCUUUCUGAACCCAGUGUCCUUUUAAGCAAUUCCCAGAGCAUAAUGGAGCCUUCCCUCAUCUUUCUUGGUAUCAAACCUGCUUCUUUUUUAUUUACUGAGAAUUUGCCUGUUUGAAUAGGAACCAGAUAAUAAGGUGGAUAGCCUAAGAUGGCUGUCUGCCAGUUACACCUGUCUGUUGCACCACAUUUCCUCAAAGCUAGUCUGAAUUCUUUAGAAAAUAUUCAAGUAGCAAAUCUGUUAUCUGCAGAUAACACUAGACUUAAUACUGACAUUUUGAGGUGGCUUUUCUGACCAAGGGUGGUUGAGCGACCUUAGAACCGUUAUCUGAGAGCAAAAGAAGGCAGCCAAGUGGACAGGCAGGGUUAGGAAAACAAGCUUGCCUUAUACUCCGCUGUGUUCAUCUGGUCUGUGAAGCAAAGUGGAAACCACCUGUGUGCAGGUGAAGCUGUCCCUUCCCAAGCAGUCUCUGGUGCUUUUCUUCUCUCAAAAUGGAUCCGAUAAAUAUUUGCGUAGAUCAGGCAUAGUACGUCUUGCUGCUACCAGCAAGCUGCUGCUUUGGGCUCUGAAUUGAGCCAAAUACAUAGAGAACUUACCAAGCCCACUGAGGAACCAGGUUUUCAUGUUUGUAGUGCUAGAAUGUUCCAGGCUAUUUGAGGGCCUUCAUGCUGGCAGCAGCUAGUAAAGUCUGGAAGCAAGUCUAAUAGGAUCUAAGAAGAUUGUCUGGGAGAAGGAGUUUGAGACUGUGGGUGCAACCCUCAUCAGGGCCCUUUUUGCUCUGAUCAGUAGGAAUGUACCUGGCUUCAUAUUUUAAACCCACAUGUCUCCCAGACCCCUGGAUUCAGAACCCAAGGCCACAAAUCAUAGGCAUGAAGCACUUUUUUUUUAAGACUGACCUAAUGUUGGAUUGUUUUCUGUCGAAUGCCUGCAUGCUGCUUGAAUUGCACCACCCACACCUCCAUGACCAAGGGCAUCAGAGAGUUCUGCAGCUCAGGCAUGGGCCACUCUCUGCAUUUCCUGUCUGACUCUUGUAAGUCCUCCCUCACUGAAUGUAGAAUUGUUGCCAAGUUUCUGAGAAGUGUCGAUUCCCUGUUAAUGCGGAUAUCAGUUCUGCCUUCCAUUUACCACUUGAGGUCGAGGCUCACUGGGAAUUACACCUGGGCCCUUCUGAACACCGUCAGUGGAUGAAAAUGGGGCUAUUAAUACACUCUAAGAGCCAUAAUCACAAUGCUCAGAGGGAACUGGAUAAGAACAGUGGGCCUGGCCGUUGUCUGUCGCGCAAGGUUUUGUCUUGUACUGUUCGGACAUCUGCCACCUCCCCCUGCCCUUGUUUCUUGAAUGAAAUGCUUUUGAGGUUAUUUAUGAAAGGAGUGAUUCUGGGACAGGCAGGAGGCAGUGGGCUUUAUGGCUCCUUGGUGUUACUGUUGAUCUUGACCUUCUCUAUGGCUACCUUUAGACAAAGAAUAUGCCAAUACUUGGGGUUCUGAGUUUUACAAUUGAUAUUUAUUUGUAUCAUCUCUUUGUCUAGGAAUGUAAAAGUGAUUCUAAACUAAGAUGUGUAAUAAAAAUCAAUCAGAUUUAUUGUACCUACAAAAAGGUGUCUUCAUACAUGACUGAUGCUUUUGAAAGUGACCUGUCUAUGGCUCAUUCUGCCACUUUCUUUAAACAUUUAAAUUUUUCUAGUGAAAGGAGGAUGGGAGUGGAAAGUGCAGACUGAGUCUGAAUGCUGACAUUUAAAAAAAUAUAGCAACAAGGCAAAGGGGUGGAAGAAGAAGAUAGAGUAACAAGUAAGUGCUUCUCCUUUUUCCAUGGAGCUUCCUGAGAUUAGCCCAGACAUCAGGCAUGAAACAUAACUAUUGUGUUUUGUUUUUUAAUUGCAUUAAUGUUGUUACACAGUUUACUUUAAAACAUGUCUUCUUUUUUAACACAAAAGUAUUUUAUGUUAUUUACCAUUGGGGGAAAAAAUACCAAAAAUGGGCCACUCAUCAGUCUGUGGUCCCUUCUGUAUUGGCCUCCUGGCAUAUACUCCUGGGGGUUGAACACCCCAGUUGAGAUGUUGUGACCAAGUAAAAGGGCGCAGACCCUCUACUCUGCGCUGGAUUUGAAUUCUGGUUGUGUGAAUUCUGGUUGCUUGGUCUCUUACUAGCAUGUGGCUGAGGAAUUUAAUUUACUUGAACCUGGGGGUUCUUAUCUGUAAAAUGGAAUGAUAAUCCCCACUUUGCAGGGCCAUUAUAAGGAUUAGUUAUACAUUUAAAGAAACAAGAACAUCAGUAUGUGGACUAGUGCAGACAUCAAAAAAAUGUGUUUAUUGCUAUGAUGGGGCCCUGUGUUGAGAAGAUCCAGGACAGUUGAAACUAGUGUUGAAUGAUUGUGUUCAUAAAAUCCUAGGGCUCUAUAGAAAAAUUGCUAACCAUUUCACAAAUACGUGUUGAGUGCCUACAAUGUGCCAUGCUGUUCUGCGAACUGGAUACGUACACAUGAGCAACACUGACAUGGCCCCUGCCCACAAGGAGCUUGCACUUGAAAUUAGACAAAUGCUAUGCAAUGAUAAAAGAAUAAUGGGGACCUUAGGUUGGGUGGGUAAAUAAGGGAAGGACUUUCAAAGAAAGGGCAUAUACAGUACCCUCUAGAGGGCAAAGAGUAGACAAGAGGACAGGGAGCAAAUCUGUGCAGGGUUAGAGGAGUAGCAUUUGUGAAGCCUUAUAACCAAGAGGUAGGAUUGCACUAGACGGUUCCUGCAAUCCUUUGUAACCCGUACUUAAGGGAAACAUGAUGAACAAUUAUAGACAAGAUCACAGUAUAAUACUUGAAAAACAAAACAAAACAGGGCCUCCCUGGUAGCACAGGGUUAAAGUUUCAGCGCUAUCAAGCUAUCACCAGCCACUGCGACAUGAGUUCGGUCCUGUGACAUGAGCUACCCACAUGGCUCCGCAGACCUCUCCUGUCUCCCCCACUGCUCCCCUCAGCAGUGUAUUUCAGUAAGUCUGCUUGUUCUGCUCCGCACUCCCUCUCUCUGGUGAAUCCUCUCAUACCCCCAUGGCUGGCCUACACCCCAGUUCCUGUAUGCAUAAAUAAAUCAAUCUUUUUUUUUUUAAAGAUUUAUUUAUUUAUUCAAGCACUGGGUACAGUCAGAAGCGCGGGAGGGUGAGAGAAUUCACCAGAGCCAGAGGGGAGAGCAGAGCAGGUAGAAGGACCGAAGUACACUGCUGAGGGGAGCAGCGGGCAGCAGGAGAGGUCUGUGCGUCAUGCGGGACCCUCCGGUGGUCUGGGAGCAGCCGGGGAUCGAACCGGUGCUGCAGAGGCCGCGGGAAGCUGCACAACCCAGCGCUCAACCGCUGUGCCACCGGGGGGGCCCAAUAAAUAAAUCUUUUUCUUUAAAAAAGAAAACCUAACAAAUUUAAAGAGCACAGAGAAGACAAUGGCCUAUGUGACUUAGGCAGACAAUUGUUUUUCUUCAUACAAGACCCUCAAGCUAUAUCUUCCUAUAUCUGCCUUUCCUUUCGAGAGUCACAAACCAGAACUCUCUCAGCCCAAGUAAUUGUUGAUUUGGAGUAGUUCAGAAUCCAUUAACCAGAAAGCAAGCAUUCAAAGUGUGAUUUGAAGACUUAGGAGUGUGUUCUUGAAAAUGACAGAAUUCUAGGUGGGCUAUCGGGAAAAACAGGGUAAAGCAGCUGGGAAAUUCCUGCUGACUCACUAAGUUGUCUUCUCAUCUUCUGGAUUUAAAAAAAAAAAAAAUCAAGAAAUUACUCAAACCGUGUAUGGUACAGUAAGAAAUGGACAGGUGGUCUUUGUCCCUGCAGAACUUUUACAACCCUUGGAAUUUCCUAAGUGAUGGGGGUUAUAGGAUUAUCUUUCAGUAUUUCUAACAAGCCCCUUUCAACUAUACCGGAGUUUAUGCUGAUAAAGCGACUGUGUGGGCCCCUUGAUAGCUUCCAGAUGGGAGCUGGUUACCAGAGGAACCAAUUGUGUGAUUACGGAGUAGAAACUUUCAACUCCUUCCCCUCCCCCACCUUCAUGGAGAUUGAGCCAUCAUCAACCACCAAAUGAUUAAACCAACAGGGGGCUGGUGGUGUGAGGCUCCCUACCUCAUAUCUUGCACUGCGCACUUCUUCCAUUUGGCUGUUCCUGAAUUGCAUCCUUUGUAAUGAGCUGAUAAUAGAAACUGAAGCACUUCACUGAGUUCUGUGAGCCAUUCUAAUAAUUAUCAAACCUGAGAAGAGGAUCCUGGGAACCUCCCACUUAUGGCUGCUGGGUCAGUAUAAGUAGCAAUCUGGGACUUGUGACUGGGAUGUAAAGUAAAGCAGGUCUUGUGGGGACUGACUGAGCCUUUGGUUUGUGCUAACUCCACCCAGUAGUUAGUGUCAGAAUUGAAUUGGUAGUUCAAGCAGCUGGUGUCUGGAGAAUUGGUCAUGUGGCAGAGGAAAAAGCCCUUACAUUUCAUUGUCAGAAGUGUUGUGAAUAAAAACAGUUGUCCUUGGAAACUGUAGUUUGAACUUCACACUGAUAGGGGAGUCUUGGGGCAUGUGAUUUUGGCAGGCUCCCUUGUACUGGAGUUGCCAUCUGAUGGAAGUUUACCCUGGAGAAUCUUGUCUCCAGGGACCAUGUGGUGGUCACAUCUGCCAACUGGGUUGUAGUGGCGUUUGUCAAGUAUGUAACUGUAACUCUCACAGCUGUUCCCGUUUCCACUAUCACAGACUUGUGGUUAACCGUCUCUGGGUGCUUCAGUUAGGUGAGCUGACUGGGGAUUUGCUUUUGGGGUGGGGAAUGGGCAGAGCGAGAGAUUGCUUACCCACAUCAUGGGACAGUGAGGCCCACAGAAACUGACUGAAUGCCGAUUAUGCAGCCAGUGCCUUGCUUUGCACUGGGAAGGAGUGAAAUGUGUUCCUACCCUUCUGAGAGGAGGGAGAACCAGCCAAGUUCAGAGCGAGUAGGCCCUGCGAGGGGCCUGCCUCCUCUCCUCACAUUGCUGUCCAGCCCUCUCCUCUGAAACUGAAGCCACAUGGGCCUCCUUUUGGUGCCUGGGAUAUGCCAAGUCCUUUUAUGCCUUGGUCUCUUUAUAUGAACAGUGCCCUCUUUCUGGAAACUUCUCUUUGUUUGGCUAACUCCUACUCAUCCAUCAGGUGCCGGUUUAAUGUCACACCUUCUAAAAAAGCCUUUCCCAACCAUCCAUUAUGUUUCCUCCCAUAUCCACCUGGUUGUAUGUAGCAUCUCUCCUUAUCCUUCUUAGCUCUCUUCCCCACUUGCAGUUAUUUUCUCUGCUGUGGUCUCCCGGAUAGGCAGUAAGUUCCCAGAAGGCAUGUCCUAUUGUCUCUUCUAAGUUUGACACUUAGGACAUUGGCUGGUUAGAUAGGUGCUGACACCUGCAGCUUAGAACACUGUGUUUUCUGCCAGUGGAAGGAAUAAUGUGCAGUAAAGCUGGAGAAAGGCUUCAAAAGGGAGGCAACAUUUGAAUUGUGUUCUGGAAUAAUGGGUGGGUUUUGCCCACCUGGGAAGGAGGGAAAGCCUGCCAAAGGGGGACAUGAACUGUGAAUGAGCACAUGAUGAGUGCACCUGGGAGUCUUGGGUGGGAAGAGAGAAAGGGCUUGGAAGGGUCUCAAUUCCAUGGCACAUCCUCUAGUUAGCAAAGCACAGCCCCUUGUACACUGGGGCAUUUUCUCCUAGAGCCCUCCUAAGCUACUAUUUUCGAGAUAACUGAAAGCAAUUUAACAAUUUUACUAAAUGCUGCUUUGUUUGCCUGCUGUUCCCACAGGUUUUCUGUGCUCAGUUGGCAAAUCCCAUUUUGCAAGGAGCUUUCCCUGGCACAGCUCACUACCCAAGGCAUUCCAAGGAGCACUUGAACUUGACUUCAAGGUCUUGGUUCCCUAGGAAUGAGGCCAAGACAUGUUUCAGGGAGUUGGGCUGGAAGAGCCCCUGUGCUGUGUUUGGGAACAGAAAAUUACACUUCUCCAUUGUUUUUGAAAUUUAUCUUCCUUGUCCAGUUAACAGAAGAUCUCCAUGUGCUGUUCAAGACCCUGUGCUAGGUGUCUAGGCUACAACUCAGGAUCCUGCCUUUCAGAGUUCCCACUCUGACAGAGAAUUAUCUCUGUUCACAA